UUGUGCGCGGAUGCGGGCUGGGCGGGGGAGCUGCGGUUAUCUCAGCUGGCCUUCAUCCGAUUCAAAGAGAAAGGGAUUUGGAGCCUGGUCGAUGUGGUGGACAUGGAGUUCAGCAAGGGCAUGCAGAUUCAGGGGCAGGAUUCCCUGCCGCUGAAGCCGGAGGGGGAGAAGGUGCAGCCAGUAAAACGCCUCUGGAGAUGGGACCGUUUGCAGGUCAACAAGAAGGAGGCGUCGGCUCCGCCUGUGGCCCCGGCUUUGAAGGAGAAGUGCAACGGUGCCAGUACGAGGUCCCCGACACCGCCGGUAGCGAAGGAGGUAUUCUCGCUUCCUCCGGAGUCUCAGGACGCUCCGAGGGCUUGUCUGAAGAUCCCGACGCCGCCUCCGGCUCCAGCGGUGGCAGAGGCCAAGCGCCCUCGGAAGCGCAAGCACACGAAGAAGAACAAGGAUGUCCGCUCGGAGGAGGCCAAGGCGGGCUUGAAAGAGUGGCCGCCAGCACCCCCGCCAGCAAACGCUGCACCGACCAGCUCUGCGGUGCAGGUGCUGCCGCCGCCGCCUCCACCG